UAACAAAAAGAUUCUCUCUUCGUGACAAAAAAAUAUAAUUUUUAUAACUUUUAUGGCUAUAAUUUUUUUAUUUUAUAUAUUUCAUGUAAACUUUUGCCUUUCAACUUAUGUAUGAAUGUAUAAAAGUUUGAAAAUAACAUUAAUUUUUAAUGUUUUGAGUUACAAACAUUAAAAUACCCUGAUUCUCAAAUAGAGCAUGUGAUCAACUAAAUUUUUUAAAUGAAAAUUAAUAAUAAAAGUUUUUAAUAGUUUUUUUUCUAAAGAACGAACAUUUUUUACUCAAACAUUUUUCUAAUUUUGCUAAAGAGUCUGGUAUAAGAGGUAAGCCGAAAUUAAGUUUAUUGUGAUGUUUAAAAUUUCUGAAUCAUCUGAUUAAAAAACAUUAAAUUAUGAAAAUUGUUGUGAUAAACUUUUGUUUUAACAAACACUCAAUUAUAAACGAGUGUUUUUCAAUUAAAAUCUUCAUUUAAUAAAAUAGUCCAUUACAAAACGUUUACAGUAGAAUACAGUAAAGCCAGACUAAUACUAAAUAAUGUAAAAAUUUGUGAUGAAAGUCUGAAUCAAGUAAAAUGUUUACAAAAGCUAAGUAAAGGUUAGAAAAACGAGUUUUAGAGGUCUACCAAAUUUGGCAUUAAAUAAUGUUGACAGCAAAGUAAACCUGUUUUUUAUUUCAGAGGAUUUUCAUAAUUUUUUGAAUUCAGUUUUAGUUAAAAGUGAUUCAAGAUAAAACCGAAAAGCUUUUUAAAUAAUAUGGUUGGAAAUCUCUCAAUUUCGUUGCAGUGUUGUAUUGUGACUUCCAUUGGAAACACCAUUGAAAACUUGAGAAAAAAAAAUUCAGUACUACUGCAAGCGACAGCAAAAUGUUUUCCGCCUUUAACUGAUAGAACAACAAAAUUAUCAAACAUUAGAUUUGUAGUAAAUUCUAUGUUAAAUGACACGUUAAGUUGUAUUGAUCAUGCAGUUAAAUUUAAAUGUUCGGAGAACACGUCGACAAUAUUCCUUUUUUACAUGGCGUUCUGGGUCUUAAUAUUUUUUCUUGCUUUUUUUGGUAAUCUAAUUGUUUUGUUAUCUGUAUUUCGCUCUUUUACGUUAAAAAAGACGAUUACAAAUUAUUUCAUAGCAUCGUUGGCAGCAAGUGAUUUACUUGUUACAUUGUUUAUUGUGCCAAUCAAAAUGCUCAAAGCUUAUCACAAUAUUAAUUUUUGCUAUAGUCUAAACGUUUGUAAGUUUUACAUUACAUCGGAUAACGUUUUUUUUGUUGCUUCAAUUACUAACUUAUUUGCAAUUUCCAUUGAUCGAUUUGUUGCCAUUGAGUUCCCAUAUGAGUAUACUCAAAAACUUACCGUUCGAAGAGCAAAAGGAGUGAUUACUUUUGUUUGGUUUUACGCCAUAACAUGGGGUUUGUCUGUUUUAUUUGAUAAACGUUCAAUAAAAGUUGAUUCUGGAGAAGAAAAUCACGUGAGAGAGUGUGUUUUUAUCAAUAAAGAGUUCAUUAUUUUAUCCUACACAAUUGUAUUUUAUUUACCCGUCAUUAUAAUGGGAUUUAUUUAUGCACGUGUGUUUCAAAUUUCAAGAAGACACGCGCAGCGGAUAGCAAAAACGGAAAAAGAUCUAAAAUUGAACGAUUUUGGUACUUCUUUUUAUUCACAGCAUUCGCAGACUACUACUGCCAUUAACCUCACUCCAAAUCAAUCCUUCAGAGAAGAUCCUACAGAGCGACACACGGGAAGCUUUUAUAAAGAAGAAAGAAUUUCUAAUGUUAGUUUAAAUCUUUCCCGUCAAGGAUCUAGAAUGACACCAUUAACUAAAACUUCAUCUGUUACUCCCAAAAAAAAGUUUAACGGAAGCAAAAAUUUAAUGCUUAAAGUUACAAAAACUGUUGCUACCAUAUAUGGUUUAUUUCUGGUAUGUUGGCUUCCUGUCAGUAUAUUAUCUAUUGGACUUAAAUGGUGUCCAAGAUGCUUUCAAGAAGAGUUUUCCUCUUUUUGGAAACAAAUCAUUUUUGUGGAUUUACUGCCUAUGUUUAAUUCCGCAUUUAAUCCUUUUGUAUACGCAUUAAUGAACAAACAAUACCGUCGAGCAUUUCGAACAUUAUUGCGAGAUAUUUGGUCAAGUAUUUCAAUAGGCUCUUACAUUUUUAAACAGAACAAGAAAAAAAAAGCAUCUUCGCGUUAUUGAAUUUUAUCAGGAAGCAUUAUUGCAUAACAUAACAAGUGUAACAUGUGCUAGAUAGAUGUUUUGAUGAUUUGAAAUAAAUACUUAUUAUAUAUAUGAAA